AUGACGGCGCAGGUAGACUACCUGGUGGUGUUUUUCACCGCCACAUCUGGCGCGAGCGGAGAUCUCCUGGGGUCUGACGAGAAGGAGCUCGUGCAGUUGGUUUGGCAGCUCGUGGAUGUAAAGAACAAAAAGUUGGGCAAGGUGAAUGAGCUCCUCAUAAAGCCUGACCUCUCAGACUUGACAGAAGAAAAAGAGGAGGAGGAUGUGGUGGAGGAGAGCGUGGAACAGGAGAAUGGAUCUGGAGCAGACUGUGUGUACAAAGCACCGAGCGUUGAUAAAGCUUUAAACAUGUUUCAUCUGCAACUGACAAAUGAGGUGAACAGCGCGGGCGCAGGCACGUCGGUGUGUUUGUGUACAGACGGGCAGCUUCACAUCCGCCAAGUGAUUCACCCCGAGGCCGCAAGCAAGAACAUCCUGGUCCCAGACUGUUUCCACUCUUUCUUUGACCUUCGGAAGGAGUUCAAGAAGCACUUCCCCGCUCCUGACCUCAAAGCUCUGAAUGUCCACAUCAUGGCCGAGUCUCUUAGUAUACCUGUUGAUGUGCCCACCAUGUGGGACCCCUCUGCCACACCGGAUCCAUCGGUCCCUUUGCCUGCAGAAGCAGCCACACAGCAACUUCAGCUUAUGUCCAGCGUUGUCCUGGCACUGCUAUCCGAGCCGUUUUGCCACACGUUUUUGAACCCCGAGAGAGUUAGUGAGAAGUUCGAGAGCGGCACUUGCAGUAAAAUGGAGAAAGUGUGCGACAACACGGUGAUCCGAGCCAGAGGAUUGCCGUGGCAGUCUUCUGACCAGGAUAUCGCUCGAUUCUUCAGAGGCCUCAACAUCGCCAAAGGAGGGGUUGCGUUGUGCCUGAAUGCUCAAGGGAGGAGGAAUGGAGAAGCUCUGGUUCGCUUUGUGAGCGAGGAACACAGAGAGCUGGCGUUGCAGAGACACAAACACCACAUGGGGAAUAGAUAUAUAGAGGUUUAUAAAGCAACAGGAGAAGACUUCCUGAAGAUAGCAGGAGGUACGUCUCAUGAGGUAGCAAUGUUCCUGUCCCGCGAGGACCAGAUCAUAGUGAGGAUGCGAGGCCUCCCUUUCACCGCCACGCACGAGCAGGUGCUCGCCUUCUUCUCACCAGAGGAUGAACUUAAAGAGACGUGUCCCGUCAGCGGGGGAAAGGACGGCAUCCUGUUUGUUCGCUACCCAGAUGGACGUCCCACUGGCGACGCGUUUGUUUUAUUCUCCUGUGAAGAACAUGCUCAGUGCGCCUUGAGGAAACACAAGGAAAUCCUGGGGAAAAGAUAUAUCGAGCUUUUUAAGAGUACGGCAGCAGAGGUGCAGCAGGUGCUAAACAGGUACUCAUCAACCCCUCUGAUCUCCGUGGCCCCUGCCCCUCUGAUGCCUGUGCUGCCCACGGUGUCUCUUCUGCCCCCUCCUGGUGGAGUGAGAGACUGCCUGCGGCUGAGAGGGCUGCCGUACACGGCGAGCAUAGAGGACAUCCUCACCUUCCUGGGCGAGUUUACACAGGAUAUCAGACCGCAUGGAGUGCACAUGGUCCUCAACCAGCAGGGUCGUCCGUCAGGUGACUGCUUCAUCCAGAUGACAUCAGCUGAGCGAGCGCUCCAGGCUUCGCAGCGGCUUCACAAGCAUGUGAUGUCCAGCCAGCGUGGGGCAAACAGCCGCUACGUGGAGGUGUUUCCCUGCAGCGCAGAGGAGAUGGGCCUCGUGCUGAUGGGAGGCUCGCUCUCGCACACGCAUACACACACACACACCCGGAGCAGGAGUGGGACAGGGCUCAGCCCGCCGCCAUGUAAGUCAAGACGUUUAUCGCCACCAUCCUAUUCCUUCACGCCUGCUCCACCUGUCCUGCCUCCAGAGGCUGCUGCUGCUCUCUACCCUCCCAUUGGGCAGGUGGUGCUGGCUCCUCGCCCCCUACCACCAGGACAUGCCUACUACCCCGCCUCAGCUCAGCUAUACAUGAACUACGCAGCCUACUACCCCAGUCCACCUGGCUCACCUAACACCUUAGGUUUCUUCCCCUCCCCCUCCUCCAUUGCCUCGCCGGGAGGCCUGGUGCGUAUGCCCGGUCUGACCUACAACAGCAACGGAGUCAAAGAGCUCAUAAAUGCAGUGCAGGGUUACCAGUAUGCUCCCGAGGAUGCUUUCAUGCACGCCCACGGGCCCGUGCACACUCAUGACCCGACCAGGACAUUGCUUACGCAGCCCAAAGAAUGGAAUCCUGCAGAGUCUGUUUCCCUCCUGAGCAGCAGUCUGAUUGGUCAGUGCAGCUCAAGUGAGGCUCCUCUUAUGUCACUACCUGCUCUCAUGACCAAGCCAGGGGGGCAGUAUUUGGAUUUGACCCUGCUCUAG